CAAUAGUGUGUGAUGUCACUGGAUUGGUAGCACCUUAAUGAUUGUGCUUGUUACUAACCUGUCAGAGCAGUGUCUGUUCUUGUACAAUUGCUGUUACUGGGCUUCAGGGGCAGCUGGUUUCUGUAAUGAUCCUGUUCAUAUCUGUGUUCACACUUGAGGUUUUUUUCCUGAAAGUCAAGAAGAGAUAGUUUUCCUCUCUUUAAGAUCUGAAGGUACUGUAUGUGCUGACACAAAGGCAGCAGCUCAAGUUGCCAGGGAAAAGUUAAGGACUCUGCUCCACCAGUGUAAGUAGUCGUGCUUUUCUCAGAGAUCACAUCACAUCCUUGUCAUUUUAUUUGUCCCACACAUUCAAUGAUUAUUUUAUCUCAUCCCUCUUACAUUUUGGUUUGAAUUGCUGCCACCUUAACUUCCAUGAGGGAUUGUGUAUGUUAGAAGAGACAAGGUUCCAGGUUUGGGGGAAUCGGGCUGUUCUCUCUUGGUCCUUGCAAGACAGAAUCUUGGUAGAACAAGGAAUAAUUGAGAAGUAGUUUAACAGAAGGCCUGGAGAACAAAAAGUACUUGGGCACUAAAUUGCUAUUGACAGCAGGCCUGUGUGAACAGGGCUGGAUGGGGCUUGUUAAGAGUUGGCAAGAGCGAUGAUGGUGGUAAAUGGUCAAUGUAGUAUUGAAUCCUGCUCUUCCAUAGCCUAAUAUGCAUGCUGCCUUGGGUGCAUAGUAAGUCCUCAUGAUGUCUCACUUCUCUCCUCCCACGUACAUAUUGUUUCUAGCUGUACAAAAUCUUUACUUGAUGUUUAACUUAAAAAUGCUGAAAGUGAUGUGGUUUUCCUGAACUGUUGCAGGGUGCAGAGUCCUUGGAGUGAAGAGACUGUUGGUCGAUACUGCCCUUAAGCAGACAGGAAAUAAGCCAUUCUUCUUGCUUCUCAGGACUUUGAUUCCUACACUGUGCCUUAAACAUGGAAACCGUAGAAAUGAAUAGUGUAUCCUUGAAACGUCCUCACUCUGAGGAUGAUGUGGCUAAUGCAGAUGAAAUUAAAAGACAGAAGAUUUCACAGAAGUCUAAGACAGGGAAUGACUCCGAGCAGAGCAUCAAGACUGUAACAGAGCAGCCAGACAAAUCUCUGCUUGAGGACAUGAAAAAUGAAAUAAUCCCCAAUGAAUUAAGUGAGGAUCAGGAAGAUGAGGAACUAGAAGACAGUGAUGAAGAUGGAGAUCCAGAGAGCUUUGCAGACAUGAUGAAGCAUGGACUGACAGAAAGUGAUGUUGGCAUAACUAAAUUUGUUAGUUCUCAUAAAGGGUUUUCUGGAAUAUUGAAAGAGAGAUACUCUGACUUUGUUGUCCAUGAAAUAGGCAAAGAUGGACGUGUGAGCCAUUUAGAUGACUUUUCUGUUCCAGUGGAUGAUGAGGACCCACCAGAAGAAACAUUUACAAUUUUGUCAGAGGAAGACAAACAGCGUUUAGAAGAGCUCCAGCUUCUUAAGAAUAAGGAAACUAGUGUUGCCAUAGAGGUAAUUGAAGACACCAAAGAAAAAAGAACAGUUAUUCAUCAGGCUGUGAAGUCCUUGUUUCCUGGACUGGAGACUAAAACAGAAGAUCGAGAUGGAAAAAGAUACAUUAUUGCUUAUCAUGCUGCUGGGAAAAAAGCACUGGCAAAUCCAAGAAAACACUCUUGGCCAAAAUCUAGGGGAAGCUACUGCCACUUCAUACUGUACAAGGAGAACAAGGAUACUAUGGAUGCCAUUAAUGUCCUAUCCAAAUUUUUAAGAGUGAAGCCAAACAUAUUUUCCUACAUGGGAACUAAAGAUAAAAGGGCAAUAACAGUUCAAGAGAUUGCUGUUCUUAGAAUCACUGCACAAAGACUUGCUCAUUUGAAUAAAUGCUUGAUGAACUUCAAAUUAGGAAAUUUCAGUUACAAGAACCAUCCACUGAAAUUAGGAGAGCUGCAAGGGAACCACUUCACAGUUGUUCUCAGAAACAUAACAGGAACUGAUGACCAGAUAGAGCAAGCAAUGCACUCUCUCAGGGAAAUUGGAUUCAUUAAUUACUAUGGAAUGCAGAGGUUUGGAACCACAGCUGUUCCUACAUAUCAAAUUGGCAGAGCUAUUCUACAGAACAAUUGGAAUGAAGUAAUGGAUUUGAUAUUAAAACCAAGACCGGGAGCUGAAAAGGGGUACUUAGUAAAAUGCAGAGAAGAAUGGGCCAAGACUAAAGAUCCAGCAGCAGCCCUCAAGAAACUACCCGUAAAAAGGUGCGUGGAAGGACAGCUUCUACGUGGACUCUUAAAGUAUGGAAUGAAGAACAUAAUCUCUGCAUUUGGAAUAAUACCACGAAAUAAUCGUUUAAUGUAUAUUCACAGCUACCAGAGUUAUGUGUGGAAUAAUAUGGUGAGCAAGAGAAUAGAAGAGUAUGGGCUUAGAGCUGUACCAGGAGAUCUCAUACUUAAAGGAGCUACAGCUGUUCAUAUUAAAGAAGGAGAUGUAGAUAACUACACUAUUCAUGACAUUGUGAUGCCAUUGCCUGGAUUCGAUGUCAUUUAUCCCAAGCAUAAAAUUGGUGAGACCUAUAAGGAAAUGCUAGCAGCUGACAGUCUUGAUAUCAAUAACAUGAGGCAUAAAAUUAGAGAUUAUUCACUUUCUGGAGCAUACAGAAAGAUUAUCAUUCGACCUCAGAAUGUCAACUGGGAGGUUGUUGCAUAUGAUGAUCCCAGAAUCCCAUUAUUUAUUACGGAUUUGGAUAAGCUGGAAGGAAAACCAUUACCGGUUCCUCCUACAGAUGGUAAAUUCAGGGCACUAAAGAUGGAGUUCUCCCUUCCCCCAUCAACUUAUGCUACCAUGGCCAUUCGAGAAGUGUUGAAAAUGGACACAAGCAUAAAAAACCAGACACAACUGAACACUACCUGGCUACGCUAACUGAACUGCAAAAAUGACUUAAACGUAUAAAAAGUGUUUUCCUAUUUACAUGUUCUGUAUAAAUCUUUAGAGAUUGGUAGUACGAGAUUUGUAUUUUUAAAAGUUUUUAUUGGUGCCAGCAUUUACCUUCAGUAGUCAUUUGCAAGGUGGUGGUUGUUAAUAUAAUAUAGGUCUUAGUAACUGGUGCUUUUUAAUGAGUAAGUUGCUUGAGCUGUAACGUGGGUGCAGUAUAAGACAUGAGCUUGCUGUAUUUUUAGACCUGGAAGAAUGUUUAGCUUGGCUUUAUUUUGUUUGCCAGAAACAAACAAGCACUGGGUAUUCUCAUGAGUUCAGCACACCGUUAAAUCUCUUCAAAUACACGAAAUUACACCUUUAAAACGUUAAAGUGAAACUGAGAUACUGCUGAAGAUUUACAUGCCAGGAGUUUUUGCUGGUACCAUUUGAGCUGAUACGGUAGAAGAUUCAGUUUAAAAUCAAGGCUUUUUAUGUGCUGUAAAGAAGUACAGCUGGUUUUAAUUAAGUGGUCUUUUCAUUGAGAAAUACUUGUGCUUUGCUAAUGGCUGUACCAAAGAACGAGUACUGAAAACAAAUUAAAC